UGCCGGAUGCUCCUCACGGUCAUCCCACUGGAUCGGGAGCGGGGGGAGGAGAAGAGGGGAAGGAGCGGGUGGAACGGGCUGGAAUGGAAUCGGAAAAGCUGUACAUACAUAUAUAAACGAUGUGCAGUAAGCGCACUGCCAGUCAGUUCUACUUUGUAAUGCAGUGUUGCAACUUGUGCAGCCCGUGCUAGAGUGCACCGUAGCCGUGCAGCAGGACGUGUCAUUCUCGUGCUGGGUACUGUGUCUCUGUGUGUGUGUGUCGAGUGAGUGUGUGUGUGUGUUGGGUGCAUUUGCCAUGUAUCAACGGCUCAGAUUUCUGGACGAUUCUGGUGUUUAAAUGAUUCACUUUACCCGGGCAGUCGGCGAGUCGGAGCAUUCUGAGGAACCCCAUGAGGGGGCUCUAUGAGGGCUUCCGUUCGUAUGUAUUGGAGGUGUGUUGGUGAGUGCAAGUGUGUGUGUGCGGGUCCACCAUCCUUUUGCACGGUGAAGUGAUCUCGGGGAUCUACCGCAUCCGGUUUGGGCAGCGACAGCGACUGUGUGCACACGUGCAGUUAAGGUGGAAAGUUGCGCCAAGGUGAAGAUAAGGGACGCAAAAAAAAGCAAAAAACGUCUAGUGGGAAGAAAGGUGGAGUGGAGUUGGUGACCGUGUGUCGGGGCACUUUUUACCCAAAUACUGCUCCCCAACUAACGAGGCUCUGAGCCGGAAGGAGCGUCGUUACAUGCGUUAAAGUUAUGCAUCGAGCUCUGGACUGGUUCUUCAACAUUGUCUGUGUGUGUGUGUGUAGCUUUGGAGCACGUGAAGUGGUUUUUGGGGCGGGUUAAGUUGGUUCCCGCAACAACCACAGCGCGAACGCGUAACAACUCUGUCCGGUUGGGUAUGGUCGGAAUGUGCAAUUGUCUCUGGUGAAUGGGAAAGGCCCGGUCAGCUGACCGAUACUGCUCGGUUCGGUGCUUGUUGAACUCUGUGUGUUGUUUGCCUCUCGCAAAGAAAAGUGUUAUAGAAUUUGUGUGCAGUGAAUGAACGACCGCGAGCGGGUCAUAUUUGCAAAGGCAUGGUAUCCGUUGCAGUAGUGCAGUAAAUAUUGGAACAGUUUUUUUUAAACUACUACCAAAGCUGAACCCUCCGUAGUCUGGUAGGCUUCACCAGGGAAAGAAAAACUCAAAUAUUGACCAUGCUUUUCGCACCCUUCAAGUGACACUCGAGACCCGGGAGCAGUUUUCCCACGGACACAACACACACACACUAGAUGUCGGAUGAUAAAAUCCCUUUGCGCUUAAAUUAGUCACGUACGUACCUACUCGGCGAACGAUGCGAUACGGGGUGGCGCAUCAUAGUGUGUGUGAGGACCCACCGAAGGAUCCGUAGGAGCCCCAUCAUUAAACCCCCGGGACCGAUCAAGCUUGCUGGUGCUUGGAAGGGAGUCUUAGGCUUCAUUCAUCGCCAACACACUCCGCACGAUGGGGGAUGAUGUCAUAUGCAUCGAUUCGGAUGACGACGAAGAAGAUGAGGCGGUUCCUGCUGCUGCUGCUGCAUCCGGAAGUGCACUCAAUGCACGUGCAGCCUUUGGACGACACGGCGGACGGCGUCAGCGGCGUCGGGCACACAGAGGACGAAAGCAUGAUUCCACUAUGCUUAGUAACAACGCUUCCCCACUGGCGAAACUGCUGGACGGACUACGUUGCCUCAGCUCGGAAAUGUACUUCGGUGAGUGGGCAGGAAAAUCGGGGCCAGAUUUUCCCUUCCACACGCUAGCACAGCGCGUUCGAUCACUGGUGGCGGAGUUUCAACGGCACGGCCAGCUCACGAUGGCAGCACGCACCGAAGGAUGGCGCCAAGUGGUAAGAUUUCUAGUGCUGCUACGAACGAUCGGGCUCUCGGAAGUCUCGGCGAACGGCGACGACGAUGAUGAUGAUCCAGAAUGUGAUAAGCACCACCCAGAGGACGAUAAGCAGUCGAUUGAGGAUGUGAAUUGGUCGCGCACUAACCACAAAUCGAAGCAGCAGCACCAGCAGCGACCCGGCCAUCUUUCCGUCGUUUGCUGCAGUCGUGAAAAAAUGCGACAAACCCGUCGCUACCAGCUGACAGUGAUCGAUAUACUGGCGGACUACAUCCGGUUCCGGUGUGAAUCGGUCGCCCUGCUCCACCCACCCAUCCGGCCGGCCGCACUGCUCCGGGAGUGUAACCGUAUCGUUGGCAGUAUGUUCGUAAUCUUCGACGGUAGCAUGGAGCUGAUGACGCUGACACUGCUCCGCGUCGUACCGGGCCGGUCAGCACACACCCGGCUGCUGUAUCCGGUGUUUGAGAACAUUCUGACCAGCGGUACGCCGUGCAACGAUUAUGACACCAUACCUGGGUACGUCCGGAUGCUGCUUUGCUUCAAGCGCUGGAAGUCACUGGUGGGCGGCCGGGGCGAGAAAGGUUCGAUCGAUGCACACGCCGUACGGAUGCUUCCCGGACGCUGUCCAACCGUUCAGCACGCUUCCGAUCUACCCUUCCUGAGGUUGCUUCCGACCGUACCGCCCGGAUGGCGGAUCGCCGAAACACGUUACCUGCUGGUCAACGAUCUGUUCAGCCUGGAGCAAUGCAUCGCACUGUACCUCCGGCAUUAUCGCCGUACACUGAGCGGCCUGCCAGUGGAUGAAUCAUCCGCAAAGCAACGCAACCCCAUCCGUCAACGGCGUCUGUCCCAACAAACGCUGGAAAUCCGAAGCAAUUACAUCAACGUACCGCUGCUGGCGGAGCUGAUCGAACGUAAGAGUCAGCUCUGGACGCGAACCUUCCGGACGCCACCGGGCAUGAUAUCACCGCGCCACACCGCACCCCUCGCACCCCCACACCAUUGCCUCGAGCAGGAAGUGCACUCCAUCAUCGAAAGCUUGCGAUUGAUAUUUCGCAACCGGACCGAAUUCAUCGAGCUGACGCUGCUGCGCGUAAAAACUGGCCCAUCCUACGUCACCCUGCUUGGGCCCGUGUUUGCCACGUUUCUCGGCACAGCGGCGGCGACGGCGACGGCAGCAACGCCGUGCAACACAACAACCGGGCUGACCAUUUAUCGAUCAAACGACGUGGAAACGUACGGUCGGCUGAUGCUUUGCUAUGCCAAGUGGAAGUCAUUGUUCCGGGCGGCACUGGGCAGCGGGACGGAGGACCCACCCGAAUGGGCGAGCAUCGAUGCGCUGGCCCUUACGCAACUGCCGUACGAUUUUCCACGAACGAUUUGCCCGCGUGAUGCGCUGCUGCGACGCAUCUUUCCGAUCGAUGCAGGUGUGCCGAUGGACGGGAAGCGAAACAAUGUGACAACCCGCGUGUUGCUUCGAACACUUCCCAAAAGACCCGAUCUGCAGGAGUUAUGCUUGCAAUUUAUUCAGGCGUACCGUUGCGGCUCGGAUGCAACAACACCACCGAUGCACGACGACCCACAGGAUGCACACACGACAAACUCAGCCGCAUACAAAUCAAUGUCCCCUAGCGCGGAACGGUCACUUCGUUGGCACUCGAGCGCCGAUGUAUCCGGUCAGUCUACCACCAUCCAGGCGCACCAUCGCCACACCGAGUGGCGAUCGGAAAUGAAACCGAUUAUUAUUCCAGACAGCGACGAUCCGGACGAACCGUUCACGUCCAGAAUGCCGGCCCAGGAAAACGAAGACCAUAAUAUUACGGCACAAAUGUUGUGCCACCCGGCCACAUACGCGUCCCCAUCACUGGCCGUGUUUUGCUCCGUGAAAGAUUCCGCGGGCAACGACGAUACAUGCACCACAACUCGAAUGGACCAAAACUCAUCCAGCACACCGACCGUCGAUGAGUUCGUUGCCGACAGUGCUGCAUCCCAACAUCCAACAUGGCCUCCAUUUGCGGAAUGUUUUCUCAAUACGCCACCAGCAACUCCACAGCACGAAAUGCCUCCGGAAGCGGUUGACGAGGAACAACGGCGCGCCGUGCUAGUCAAAAAGCCGCUCCCGAGUCCGAGCUGGACGCGGCUGAAGGGAACGAUACGAUUGAAAGGUAUCCCGCGGAAGAAACGAAUCUCGGCUGCAAGGGUGAAGCGUGUGCUGGGGAAGAUUUUUGCACACGAUGGUUGUUGGAAUUUUGCCGACGUUCUAGCCGUAAAACUUCACAGCUCUACCCGGACCCGAUGCUCAUCAAUAAUGAGCGUGGGUUUGGGUAGCGACUGUACGUUAAAGUUGAAAGAAGCUGUCACAACUGACCGACCGGCGGGGGAGCUUUUAUCGGCCGGCCAACAGAGGUUGGCAGGCGGCGAUGAAUUGGCUCCCGGUACGGUUGACGAUGACGAUCGUUCGAAAAACGAUGCCUUGCUACGCGAACUUAUCGAUUGUCUCGGUGCUGUUGAUACGAUGCCUUUGGAAUCGAAACAGGGUUACGUUGAUUUUGCCAUUUUGCCCGACAAUCCGGGAUACGGUGCGGAACGCAUCCACACCUCCACCGUGGACGACCACCAGGCGUCUCCAUCGGUGUGCGAUGGUUGCGUUGACACGUCCCCGCUCUUUGCUGCUGAUAGUGAUAAAUAUGUACUGUUGUUCACCGAGCUAGGACCCGUUUCCUGGCCAAUUGUAUAAAAACAGGUUGUCUUCUUAGGCUAGGAUUUGCCGUGCACACACACACACAUUCUUGUGCGCAGUCAUUGUUAUAAGCGGUAAGCGACCAGGCGUCUCCAUCAACGGGAGAAUUUCCUUACUUCCCGGAUGCGAUGUAGGCCCGUCUUCUCGGCAACCCCGUGACCCAGGUGACAAAACCCCUCUCAAACCACAGCACGGGCAGGCGGCCUUCGAUCCAUCCAAAAGCUCAUCGACUUUCAAGGGCUGUUUGUGUCAAUUUCGUCUUUUCAAUGCCCACUGACCACUGGUCAGUGUUGUACAGACGCGCACGGAAAGCUGUGACACAUCCGUCGAAGCAAUUUAGAUAAGAAUCACAACAAAUGAGACCGUUGGCGGGAGGAGAGGAUGGAAAUGGGAAGAUUCCCACCACCGGUUCUCAACUUUGUAGCGUUAAGUAAAUGCAGCAAAAUAAGCUGCACUCUGCACUUUUAAAUGUCCUUUCUUCUGAUGCCUUUUUCGAUUGUCCUCGAUGUUGUCUGCGAUGUGUUUCGAGCGAGCUCUUAUUCUCUAUACCUAAGUGUUUGAGUGUGUGUGUGUCUGUCUGUUUGUGAGUGUUUAAUGUUUGUGAACCACUCUGUACUCUCGUUUCCUUGCCUUUUGUGUAUCAGCUCGGUGGAGAAGAAGAAUAAAUUUAUUGAAAGAAAAAGUAAUAAUCUACGAUAAGUAUUUUAAAAUAUUUAAGGACACAAAAUGUGAGACCCGAGAGGGCCAAGUUUGUACUUCUAAUGAUGAAUUAUAUGUUUUAAAUUUGAUUUUUUUAGUUGAAACUUCUUGUAGAUUACAGGGUAUGCCGUAAGUUUUUACACUUUCACAGAUAAUUUUCAUGACAUCCUGAGGUUAUUUUACGCUCUCAGAUAUUUUGGCUUUUCAUUCCAAGGUUUUUUGAGGAUUUCCUACACACAGUGACGGACAAUUUUUAUAUCCGAUUUUCAAAUCACUGCGUACGACUCAUUUACUGGGUAAAAUCAAAUUAAAAUUUGGCAAAAGCAUUAUAAACAUCUAAAUUUUUUUAUUCUGAGUGAACAGUCUAUCAACACCUUAACUUUCUAUAUGAAUUUAUUUCCUUUUAAAAAUAGCCUUAUAAUACAGUUGGAUUAAAAAACAAAACACGAGUAGAGUCGACGCAAAAUAAAAUAAACGAUAAGCUUUAGUGUGUUAACAUUGUACAAUAGAUUGAGGGGACGCCCAAAACUAUUGCAAAUGUUAUUCGAAUUUAAGGUUAGAUAAAAAAAACAAAUUUAAAGAGCUUUUUUUACAAAAACUUUUUUUAACGGAAGCAACAAAUACGCCGGUCUUCACACGGCAGGACCAGGGUUCAAAUCCCAUCCGGAUCGUUCACCUGUUAUAAGGACUAACCAACAAACUACGUGGUAUAGUCAUGUUUAGUAAUUUCGGGCACUGUCUAAAAAUCAUGGGAAAGUGUAAAAAAAACUUCGGCAUACCCUGUAACAUUAUCACAGCUUACACCAAUCGCCUGCUGAUUUUAUUCUCAGCUCCUUUUGAAAGUUCCCAAUAGAAUUCGCAAGUCCUUAAGCACAGUACAGAAACGAAAAAACAAAACACCUUAAUCUUAAGAAUCGAAAUAGUAAAACGAGCAUAUGCAUGCGUACCGUGUAGCAGACCACCACCAUCAUCACCAAUCAUGCCUUUUGAGUCGUCAUCUCCAAAACCAGCAUCACGGCAUCAUCAAUGCCCCAGGGUGUGUUCUUUUCCCGUGCGUGUGCGUCGUCGCUUUCCCACAUUCGGCCACACGAUCGGGUUCGGCCGCCCCAUACCCCGGGUUUGUUGCGUAACGAAUUUAUCGGUUUCAGCGUGUUUUACGAGUUUCGGUUUCAAUGGCCACCGUUGCCACAGACAGACAGCGAAAACUGCUAGCUGGAAGCCAAAGCACUGUAUCAGUACAAUUCAAACGGGAAGAGAACCGAAGGGAAGAGGAGUCUUGCAGUCAGCGUGCGCUGACCGGGCCGGUCUUUACUUGUACUUCGACUCAACCACAAACUUACACACACAUGCAAAACAGAACAAAACACAAUCAGCGUAAAAAAAAAUGGAGAAAAAGGUGGACGAGAACCACAAACAAGGGAGGGAGGUAGAAGGAAGAAAGAGACAGACUUAGACAUGAUCUUUCUAGUGCAGGUGAAACAUUCUAGGAGGGAGCUAUUUGUAACAAGACUUGGUCGGUGAAAAGGGGGAACGAGAAGCAAACUUCCCGCUAAUUAUGAGCUAAGUUAUUGUUGGGCAUCUGGCGUGAUCUCCCGCGUACAGCAAUAGUAAAGUGGCCAACCAAUGUAUGUACCCAACGUUAAUGCAAAACAUGGCGAAAAAGGCUUGCUAGAACUUAAAGGCCACCAACCGUCACAGCAAAAACACAUCAACCAACCAAUCAACCAACCUAUCAACCAACUCGCCCUACAAUCAACUAGCCAUCAAUAAGCCGGUCAGAAGAAGUCAGUGCAGGCAAAGACAUUGUACAUAUUAGUGUGGAGAGCUAGCUGUAUAUCUCAAAAGGGCAAUCCCCUAUUCCUCGUCUCCUUUCGAUGGUUUCACCCAAUAGCCCAAUGGCGGAGUAUCACUGAGAUUGUGUGCUAGUGUAAGUAUAGUUUGUCCACCCCUUGGGCCGGCACAGGGGGUGAUGUGAUGUGGGUGGUAUGAGUCUAACUCAACCCGUCCGCGCACAAACACACACACAUACACUGCAAACAGAAUUCCUGUAUUUUUGCAAUCAAUCACUAAACUACUGGUGCACUACCUAACUAAACGCCGCCAUUCUAGCGAACGAUAACCAAAUAAAGCGUAUUUGCGUACAUAUUCAUAUUUGAAGAUCGAU